UACAUAUAUUCUCAAACAUUGAACUAUUAUACACUGUCUGUCUGUCUGUUUUUGUUUGUCGCUUCAUUCACUCUAUAGCUCAUAUCUGAUUGUAGCCAAAACAGUAUGAAGAGCUGGUCAAGCUGGUUGAAAAGCCUGACUACAUUCAUCGCAGGGCACUCGCAGCUAUACGCAAAGCAGACAGCGUUCAAGCAGUCACAGUUCGACGACGAAAAAGCAACGUCAGUCUACCAUCAGACGUCCCUCCAAUACUUCAGUGCUCGUUUAGCCCGACAGAGGAAGGUCUGAAGUUUGACAGUGUGAUGAAAGACAAAGAAGUUAUUGUACAUGAACAGUUAUCAGCCAUACAGAGAGACCGCUACCAGACAUGCAGACAGAAAUUCAUGACACUGGAUGGUAUGCAGAAGAAGGGCAAGCUGUGGGAAGACCUGGAGACAAUACGCGCCGGUGUAGCCACCGAAACGGCCGCAAUGGCAAGAAGAAAACUUCUGAUGAAUUAUCAUUGGUACCAUGACUUAAUCAUGGAGCUUCCACCCGGUAUUCAAGAUGACCGCUUUCUUGCACACAUUCUGCUGCGUUUGCGAUAUCUAGCAAAGGAGUUUGCUGAAUUGGGGCCGUACAGGCUGUCGAAGAACCGCUUGCUGCGUGUAUUGGCGCAUCUGCGGCCCUGGGAGAGGGAAGCGCCUGAUAUAAAGAAGGCCAUCGAUGUAUGUUUGUUCGAGAUCAUGUCAUCUACACGUCACUGGCCGAGUACGAAGAAUACGUUGCAGAACGCGAAAUCGCAAUGGCGACUGAGAGGAGACCGAAAUCGGCGACGUUUGUGAGUCUAUCAAAGAAGGCGAAAUGAGACACCGAAUCGCAAUUCGAAAUACAAACGUUUGGGCACUUGGUCGGACAUCCAAGCACUAAACAGAGAACUAACGACACACCAAAUGCAUACAGCAUGUGUGUUUCGCAUCGACUUUAACUUCGCGCCUUAUACUUUUGCAACAAAGUGCGAUAUUUUUGUAGAGAAUUGUAAAUGGAAUUGAAUCGGGUUGAUGUACCACAUGUGUACAUGCACCCAUACAUGAAUUCUUUGUUGGCAAUAGCUGUCAAUCACAUGCGUG